AUGGGCGCUCCUCGCACGCCGGAAGGAACGCACUGGAUCAUGUCCAUUCUUGAUUCCAUUGAGCAGAUGAAGCCCGUUCUUGCCAGCAACGAAGCGGUUACCAGUACGGACGUUGGCGCGGCCCACGUCGAGAACUUUGCGCUCAAGAUCUUCGACAGUGCCGACGAGGCAGAAAGAGCCGGACAGUACAGCAUCGGCCUCGCCAAGCGGUUCACUGUUGCAGCACAGUUUAUGGAGAUUCUCAGGACCUUUGAUUCAGGCAACCUCCCCGACGAGAAGCGCAAAUACGCCCUCUGGAAGGCGAAAGAGGUGGCAAAGGCCGUCAAAGCCGGCCGUCUGCCCGGUUCUGCUAUCGCAGACGACGAGGCACCUUCGCCACCCGCCAAGGAGUCGAGUAACCGCCGCGAGUCCUCUACACAGCAGCGCUCGUCGCCACCUGUUCCAGAUGCUUCGAGCUCGGCACGUCGCACAUCGAGCUCUGCCCAGCAACGCCCAAUUCUCGGUCCUUCUUCUUCGUCGGAGCUGCGUGGCGGACAAUCUACGCGGCGCGACUCUGGCAGCCACCAGUCUCGACCCUCGAUCGAUCAUGUAUCACAUGGCUCUCGGCGCACGUCCAACUCUGGACCCCGCCCCCCGCCCAUCAUGACUAUCACGUCGCCGACCGACUCUACUGUCACCUCAGCUACCUCGCCUCCCAAGCGCCCUGCCAUGUCUCGCGCUCCUCCCUCGGACAGCUGGUCCAUCGCGGCCACCCAUGGCGGCGUCGAUCGCGAGCAUUGGUCCACGGCAGCGACCCCGGGCGAGCGCGAUGUGGCGCCUUGGAAAGACGAGCCGACCGAGCCCAAGCGCAAGGACUCUUCGGAAAGCAACAGUUCAGGGAGGCCCUCCACAGCCAAGCGCGGCUCGGGCGACUCUGGCGACUCGGGCGGGUCAGGCAGCACCGCCCGCACAGCUGGUUCUGGAGGCCGUGCCAACAGGCCAGACCACAUCGACCUCCCCAAGAAGAGUGUCAUGUUCAUGGGUCCUGACGGUGCGCCGCUCACGCCAGACGGAGCAAUCUCCCCCGUCUCAGAAGUGGCCGAGAUUGGCGCCCCGCCCCCAAGCGUCAUUGACCCGUCUGAGAGCCGCAGUUUGACUCCAGUGACCCCAGCCUCGACGCGUACCAGCUUUCCUCCGGCACCCACUCCCCCUCCCUCGCACGCGUCUGCGCCGUCUCGCGCCCCACCUCCCCCAGCGUCUACCGCCUCGCAGUGGUCCACAAAGGUCCAAGUCGGCACAUCCAAGAACCACGCCACGCCGACACCUCCCCAUAGCAGCAGGACGGCGCACACUGCUCCAGCCCCAGCCCCAGUCCCGUCGCGCGCUCCGCCUGCUCCUGUCCCCGUCCAGCCUUCUAUCUCAGCCAAGCUCCCAAGGAAGGAGGUGGACCAGGUCCAGAAGUGGGCCAAGUGGGCCAUCUCCGCCCUCGACUAUGACGACUACGCCGAGGCGCGCAAGAACCUCCAGCGCGCCCUCGACGCGCUUCCGCCUUCGUAA